GAUAUUUCUUGACAUUGCCAAUAGCCAGCACUAACAGCGUGAUUUGUAAAUCUGUUGCCUUCGCCGUCGUCUUUGUUGUUGUCGGCUUUUAUUUUCAUGCGAAACUUAUCUAAGGAAGUGCAGCAGCAGAAGCCGCCGCCAUGACCACAAGCAGCGAGGAUGUUUUGCUGCAAAUGGGCGAAGUGCGCUACAAGAAGGGCGAUGGCACCCUUUAUGUGAUGAAUGAACGGCUGGCCUGGAUGGCCGAGCAUAGGGACACGGUCACCGUCUCCCAUCGCUAUGCAGACAUUAAGACCCAAAAGAUCUCACCCGAGGGCAAGCCAAAGGUGCAGCUUCAAGUGGUCCUGCACGAUGGCAACACUUCGACGUUCCAUUUCGUCAAUCGUCAGGGAACGCCGGCAAUGUUGGCUGAUCGCGAUAAGGUGAAGGAGCUGCUGCAACAGUUGUUACCAAAUUUUAAGCGCAAAGUUGAUAAGGAUUUGGAGGAUAAGAAUCGCAUCUUGGUAGAGAAUCCCAAUUUGUUGCAACUCUACAAGGAUUUGGUUAUCACAAAAGUCCUGACCAGCGAUGAAUUUUGGAACACGCAUGUUAAAGAUCAUGCGCUUAAGAAGUUGUUUAAAAAUCAAGAAAUCGGUGUUUCUGGUGCCUUUUUGGCAGACAUCAAACCUCAGACGGAUGGCUGUAAUGGUCUUAAAUAUAACCUCACAGCGGAUGUUAUCCAUUGUAUUUUCAAGACUUAUCCCGCCGUCAAGCGCAAGCAUGCUGAAAAUGUUCCAUCCAAAAUGCCAGAAUCGGAAUUCUGGACAAAAUUCUUUCAAUCGCACUAUUUUCAUCGUGAUCGUCUGACGGCUGGCACCAAGGACAUAUUCACAGAGUGUGGCAAAAUCGAUGAUCAUGCUUUGAAGGCAGCCGUGCAACAGGGAGCAGGUGAUCCUCUGCUGGAUCUUAAGAAAUUCGAAGAUGUACCAUUGGAAGAGGGCUUUGGCAGUGUCUCUGGUGAUCGUAAUGUGGUCAAUAGUGGAAAUAUUGUCCAUCAGAAUAUGAUUAAAAGGUUCAAUCAGCAUUCCAUAAUGGUGCUCAAGACAUGUACGAAUGUGAGAGCUCCAGCAGCAGGGGCAACCAAUGGUUCGGAUGUGGCCAAUGGUCCAUUGGGUGCUUCAGCUUAUACAAAUGGCAAAUCCUCCUCCUCCGGCGCCUCCACCAGCAAGCAUCAAGCCACUGAGUCUGUCCAAAAGAAUCCAGAUGAGCCACAAUUGAAGAAACAACGUCUCAUCGAGAAGAUACACUAUUCUGACUUGGGUGAUCCAAUCAUUGAUGUUGAUGCAAUGGACCGGGACACGAUGAAAAUGGCACAAUUGGAUCCCUCUAAAGUGGAAAGAUACCUCAAUGGUCCCACACAACAUCAUAUGUAUGAUAAUCAAAAUGAUUUAUUAAAUUUGGACGAUUGCCAAUACAAGUUGAUACGUAAUUCUGAAAAUUGGCUAAAUCGUAAUGCUUCUCGUAGUGUCAUCACUUCCAAGGCAGCAGUUAAUGCUCUGGGUGAACUGAGUCCGGGUGGCAUUCUUAUGCGUGGCUUUCAAGAGCAAUCGGCGGGACAAUUGGUGCCCUCCGACUAUCAUCGUGAGCUUAGGCAUUUGUAUUUAUCGCUUUUGGAACUAUUGAAACAUUUCUGGAAAUGUUUUCCACCUACAACCGAUGAAAGGGAAGCCAAAAUUCAACGCAUGCAUGAAACUUUGCAGCGCUUCAAAAUGGCCAAACUACAGCCGUUUGAGAAUCGCGCCAUGCACGAAAUCUCGCCUCUGCGUACAUCUUUAACCCAUCAUAUGAACAAAUUGCUGCGAACCUCUAAUACAAAAUAUGUUACAUGGAAGGAUCGUAAAUUGCGCAAUAAUAGAUAACAAACCACGCACACACACACAGAACACCUCUCCUAUAGCAAGUCAAUCCCCUUAAGGGCUACACACUUCAUCAUAGCGACUUAGGAUCUAAGCAUUAUAUAUGUUAAGCCUAAAAACUAUCUAAAAAUAAAUAAUUAUUGAACAUUA